AUGCUAUUAGUGGAUGAACAGGAAAGUAGGAUUGAAGCAUUUACCACUCAGAAAUCACUAAUUAGACGUAUCAUUGAAGAACUUCGGGAGGGGGUAGUGUAUCAUUUUGAGAACUUUGAAGUGCUCCUUAACAAAGAUGAGUACAAGGUUACAGAUUGUAAAUAUAAGUUAAGCUUUCAUUGUUCAACAUCGAUCGAGGAAAGUGAUCUUUCAAUUCCAUUUGAUGCAUUCAACUUCGUUACAAUCAAGGAUGUUGCUGAGUUUAAUGCCAACAAUGAAGACUUGAUAGAUGUUAUUGGGUUUUUACAGUCAUUUGGAGAUUUGAAGGAUCAUAAAAAAGAAGGGGGUAGUACAAGGAAGCUCAGUUUCACAAUUGCGGAUGAGAAUGAGAGAUCUGUCAAUGUGGUAGUAUUCGGUCAGUGUGCCAAUGAAAUAUUUAGAGCCAAAGGGGAAGACUUACAACCACCUAUUGUUGUGCUCCUUCGUUUUGCAAGAAUCAACAGGGGAAAAGGUUUCGGACAUUUAACUAAUCAGUUUGAGGGGACCAAGGUAGUUUUCAAUCCUGACCUCCCUGAGACCAAGAAACUACUUGACAGUCUUGAAGAUAAUCCAGUUGCAAGUCAAAGUUUAUCCCAGGUAUCAAGCUGUGUCAUUGCAACUGCUACAAAUGAGUCACUCUUAAGUUUCCCUUGCAGGAUUAAUGUAGCUCAGAUAAUGAACUUCACUGAGCCAUGUGAGGUUGUCACUAAGUUGGUCAUUGAGAAGCUUGAAACAGCAUAUGGUUGGAAUUACGAUGGAUGUCCAUGUGAUAAAAAACCAUUCUAUGUCAAUGGGAAACUUAAGUGUAGCGCAUGCAACACAGAAGUCAAGAUGACUGAACCCAAGUUCAAAGUUCAUUACAAAGCAAGGGAUUCCACUGGUAAAUGUUCAAUCAUUUUUUUCAAUCGCUUAGCUUCUCAGUUAUUGAACUGUGUUGCUACCGACCUCAAGGAUCAAAUGAUUAAAAUGGGCAAGCCUAUGGGAUUUCCUAAAGAGCUGUCCGAUUGCAUAGGGAAGGAAGUCCUGGUCAAACUUAAAAUCAAGGACUUCAACAUCGGUCACCCCAAUAGUAGCAUGGGUGUCUCACAGUUUUCUGAUGAUAUGCACAUAAUCGAAAAGUUCACAUAUAGCGAAUACCAGGAAAAUCCUCCAACUCUAACUGAGGCUUCGCCGGUUGAAUCGAGUGCGUCAAAAUCCUCUCCAAAAAUUGUCCUUGUGGAGGCAGAAGAAGAUGAUGACCUGACUGAUUCACAGAUUGUCACUCCAGAGGACACUAAUGCAAAGAGGAGAAAACUGAGCAAAACCAUCUCCCAAGCAGUUGAUGACGGUGGUCUCUCAGAGAUGUUGACCCCUACAUUCAGCUCAACCAAGCUUUUGAAAACCAUAAAAGAAGAAGUUUGUUGA